ACAAUGCCACUGGGCCUGAAGCCCACCUGCAGCGUCUGCAAGACCACGUCGUCCUCCAUGUGGAAGAAGGGCCCGCAGGGGGAGAUCCUCUGCCACCACUGCACGGGCCGGGGCGGCACGGGCGGUGGGGGCGCCAGCUCGGGGGCGGCCGGCGGGACUGGGGGCGGCGGCGGCGGCUUCGGCGCGGCGCCCUUCGCUAGCACCUCGGCCGCCCCUCCGCAGAGCAACGGGGGCGGGGGCGGCAAGCAGAGUAAGCAGGAAAUUCACAGGAGGUCUGCUCGGCUCAGAAACACUAAAUACAAAUCUGCUCCAGCUGCUGAAAAAAAAGUUUCCACUAAAGGAAAAGGCAGAAGACAUAUUUUUAAAUUAAAAAAUCCCAUCAAAGCUCCUGAGUCUGUUUCUACCAUAAUCACUGCAGAAUCAAUCUUCUACAAGGGAGUGUAUUACCAAAUUGGAGAUGUUGUUUCUGUAAUUGAUGAACAAGAUGGAAAACCUUACUAUGCUCAGAUCAGGGGUUUCAUCCAGGACCAGUACUGCGAGAAGAGUGCAGCACUGACGUGGCUCAUUCCCACUCUCUCUAGCCCCAGGGACCAGUUUGAUCCGGCGUCCUACAUCAUAGGACCAGAGGAGGAUCUUCCAAGGAAGAUGGAAUACUUGGAAUUUGUUUGUCAUGCACCUUCUGAAUAUUUCAAGUCACGUUCAUCACCAUUUCCCACAGUUCCCACCAGACCAGAGAAGGGCUAUAUAUGGACUCAUGUUGGACCUACUCCUGCAAUAACUAUUAAGGAAACGGUUGCCAAUCAUUUGUAGUUUCAAAGGUAAAACGGAUUUCCAGUUAUCUUGUAUUCAUAGUACUACAGGAUAUUCCACAUGUUUCUUUAAUGACAUUCUUAGAUGGAAAAAUGACUCAAAAGUUUUUCCCAACUACUCAAUAAUAACUAGCUCAUUUAUUGCUAGUCACUUGAGAAAUUAAAAGGGAUAGCAAAGAAUUAAAUACAUUUCAAGUUAUAUACUACAUUCUGUAUGUGUAUCUUCACAGGCAAAAGCUAUCAUUUCCAGAGAGAGCAUUAGGAACUGGUAGUGUCUAUUUUUUUCCAUAAUUUAUAUGUAGAAACUCAUUAAAUGGAUUGUAUUUUUCUUUAAGAACAAAAAAUUAAGGUAAAUUAAUUAAGCUACCACGGGGAAGGCAGGAUAGCACAGAGAAGACAAGUAGUGACUCUAUAGCAUCUUACUACGCUGAUGGACAGUGACUGUAAUAGGGUAUGUGGUGGGGACUUGAUAAUGGGGAGAAUCUAGUAACCACAGUGUUGCCCAAAGGAUUGUAUAUUAAUGAUACCAAAAAAAAAACAACCAAAAAAAAUUAAUUAAGCUAUAACCAACAGUAUCUAUCACAAAGUUACACAAGCUUUAAUUUUUUCAUCUAGAAAAGGGUAGGCAGCCUGUUGGCUGCUUGAACCUUAAAGAAACUGAUUGGUGGAUUAUUUUAUUACCCCAAGCUUUUUUAAACUUCCUUUUAAUUCUUCUGUAGCAAACAGGGAUUCAGAAUCAUUUUGUUGAUCUUAAUGGAUCUGUUCUCCAUUAUUCUCUCUUACCUUCUUAGUCAAAACAAGGAUGCCAAUCAAACCAUAAAAUUUUCUGGUGCUAACAAGCAACUUCACUAAAAGCACCAGGGAAACCAGUAUUCAGGCAUCUCACUGGGUAGUUUCCUGACUACCAUUAGAACAACCAGUGGGCAGUCCUAAAAAUGAUUAAAUAGGUCCUUAGCAUCGAUAUCUUUAAAAAGUCUACCCCAAAGUUAAACCUUCAGCUUUAGACUCCUAAUAACAGGCCUAAAACAAGCAUCUUAUACUUAGAAUGCCUCUUGUUCAGGAAAUUGUCCAGAAUUCAGGUACAGGUUUUACUCAGAGUGCAGGUCAGCUAAGUAAGGGAGUGUGAAAAUGGGAGGAAGUGGGGAUUGCACACACUUGCCUCCCUUUGUAACCUGACUUAACCAGCAUUUUUCAACCCCAGGAAGAUGUGUCAGAAUCUUAACAUAAUCAGAAUGAUUUCGAGCU